UGGAUACUUAAUUAUUUAUAGAUAAGAGACAAUGACUUGAAACUUACCACCAAAAUUCCAUUCUCACCCCCCUUAUUUUUAUUUUUGAAUUAACACAUUGAACAACAAAGAAACCAUAACCAUCACACUUCCCUUUUCUUUCUUUUUUUUGUUACUUAUUCAAAAAUAACAUCUUCGAACUCUUUUGGUUCUGAUCUUAUUCUGAAUUGCAGAAAAAUGGGUACUUUCUGUGAUGAAACUGAAAUUUCAGAUCAUAAUCAAAACCAUGUCAUUGAUGCUAGCGCCAAAGUGGACCACAAAUGCAGUAGCAAGAAAAUGGAAGUAGAUGAAGGUUUGAAUUUGAACACUGUUGCAUGUCUAAGAGGGAGGUUAUUAGCAGAAAGACAUGCUUCAAAAGUGGCUAAGGAACAAGCAGAAUCAAUGGGCAAAAAGUUGGUUGAGUUGGAGAAGUUGGUUAAAGAAGAGAUCAGGUUAAGAGAUAAAUCUGAGAGAAAGCUUAAAUUGUUAAGGAAAAAGCUUGAAUCUUCUUCAAGCAAAUCCUCCAAAUUAAGCCAAUUGGGGCAUUCUGAUUCUUCACAAAAAAGUGAAAAUUCUUGUGGUUUAUCAUCAGUUAGUUCAAAUUCAAAAAAUUCAGAAGCUAAUGAAACCCGAAAUUGUGUGAAAGCUUUGACAGAAAAUUUAGUGGCAAACCAUAGUGUUUCAGGGUCAGAGAAUGGUUCAUCAUGUACAAAAGAAUGUGAUUCUCAGAUUACUGAUAAUAGUUCAAGUAGUAAUUAUUCAGAACAUGGUUAUUCUUCUCUAAAGAAUCUGAGCUUUGAGUUUGAGAAUGUGAAGAAUGAUGAAAACAAUGAGUCUAAGGAUUUGAAGAAUGAUGAAAUCAGGCUUUCUAGUUUAAGCACAAAGUCAUCAGUGACAGAGAAUGAGAGUGAUCAUGCAGAUUCCUUUGAUAAUUCCUUGGCAAUAGUUCCUGUGACUGUGAAUAUGACAGCAACAUCUCGAGCUAAAAAUAAUCACAAACAAGUUAACGAAAAUGUCUUUGAAGCUCUAGAUGCUUUAAGGGUUGCCAAAGAAAAGCUUCAAAGUUCAUUGGGAACAAGGCAAAUGAUUCAAGUUGGCUUAAGUUAAUAACCUCUCACUACGAGAGAUACUAAUAAGUACGUGCAUAUUUGAAUUGACGAUGAGUUUGACGAAAUCUCGACGACACUGUGAUUUUGUUGAAGCCGCAAAAUGAUAGCAAAACACGAUUCUGUCAAAUUCAUGGUUAAUUCAAAUAUGUUCCAAGGCUAUAUAAGUUAUUUAACAUUUCAAUGUUAAUGUAUUAUUAUAGGAAGUGAGAUUAUUCAGUAUAGGUGGAAACAGCAAUAACCUUGAGUAAUGGUAUUGGUAGAAGGGUGGUAAAGUUCUUGUGAAUUAUGGUUUUUCACUUGCCACAUAAAACAUGUGACAUUGAAAUGUGUUGUCGGAUCAAGAGUUAAACUCUUCUGUCUA